UCAUUGAAGAAAAUUCAACAAAGUACAGAAAGAAACGGAUAGAAAUGGCUUCUUGGUCUGCAAAAAAUGCCACUGAAGCUUUUCUCCGAACCCUUAAAAUGGGCAAGAGAAGGAUGGAGCCCAACACAGUGGAGUUUAUAGCAGCUCUCGCGGCGGGCAACAGUGCGCAGCUAAUGGUCAUGGCAUGUGCUGCCACUGCCGGAUCCGCCACCCUAUCCCUGGUGGCCGCUGCACAUCAGACCGGCGGCCGUGCUGUGUGCAUCUUGCGGGGGCUCAAUGAGUUGGAUGCGUCACGAAAAACUCUCGAUCGAUAUGCAGAUUUCGUCGAAUUUGCUAUCGGGGAUGCUUGGAUUUUACUACAAAAUCAUUAUAAGUUCGCAGAUUUCGUGAUUGUUGAUUGCAAAAUGGAUGAAUAUAAAGCAGUUCUUGUGGCUGCACGGGAAGGAAUGAACAAAAAAGGAGGCCUUAUUGUAGGGUACAAUGCCCUUCACUGCAGUGAGUUAUGGUGGGGGGAUUUGAGUUUGAAACCCCAUUUUCUGCCCAUUGGAGAGGGUUUGAUGGUUAUUAAAAUUCCAGAAAAUGAGAAAGUUAAAAAGAAGAGCCAUUGGGUUAUUGAAGUUGACAAGUGCACUGGUGAAGAACAUGUUUACAGGAUCACUUCCCCACAAACCAAGUGAUAUUUUAGCACAAUGUUUAGUAUACUGGACCGGACGGUACAUGAUUGAUAAACUUCUGUCAUGAAAGCUUGUUCCUUUACAUUGAACGUAUGGUUAACUAACUUGCUAGAGUUGUAAUUAAUUAGCGAUUGAUAUUGUAAUAAUCAUCACUGUUGUUCCUUGUAUUUUCAAAGAGGGUGGAUGUAUCAGGUAUUGACAAUAAGAAUGCGAUGAAAAAAUGUAAAGGACGUAAAUGUGAU